AUGAAGGAAAGAAGAUUUGCCCAGCCUUUCGUUGCGAGGUGUAAGCUGGUGCUGGUCGGGGACGUCCAAUGCGGUAAAACAGCGAUGUUACAAGUCUUUACCAAGGACUGCUACCCGGAGACGUAUGUCCCCACAGUAUUUGAAAACUACACAUCAUGUCUGGAGCUGGAGGACCAGCGUGUGGAGCUCAGCCUCUGGGACACGUCAGGUUCGCCGUACUAUGAUAACGUGAGGCCCCUCUGCUACAGUGACACAGACACAGUGCUCUUGUGCUUUGACAUCAGCCGGCCAGAUACUGUGGACAGCUCUCUGAAGAAGUGGAAGGCAGAGAUCCUGGAUUUCUGCCCCAGCAGACAGAUCCUGCUGAUAGGCUGCAAGACAGACCUGCGCACAGACGUAUGCACGCUUAUGGAGCUUUCCAACCUUAAGCUGACUCCUAUCUCCAAUGAGCAGGGCACAUCCUUGGCCAAACAGCUCGGAGCAGCAGCUUACCUUGAGUGCUCUGCCUUCACCUCUGAGAAGAGCAUCCACAGCAUGUUCCGCACUGCGGUCUUAGCCUCCAUGAACAAGUUCCACCCAGCCACCAAACCAAGCCCCGUCCGACGCCUCUCCAAGAGACUCUUCCAUCUGCCCAGCAAGACAGACCUCCUUUCCUCCACCUUCAGCAAGGACAAGGCCAAGACCUGCUCCAUCAUGUGA